CAGUUCUACUAAUGACGCGCGGCAACAAAUCCCUUCCCUAACUACUUAACUACUUACUUAUCCUUGCAAGCCCCACGUGCACCUGUUGAUCAUGUGAAACAAGCCGGCACUUCCACGUCGCGCUCCCGGAUAAGAGGAAACAUCGGAGUGAGAAUGCUGCUCCGGUUUCUACAGAAGUCCUGACCUGGCGCGUCUGCUCUUGCUGCACUAUUAAUAUGGAGCAUCGAUCAAGUCCAGGACCUGCGGUUCGCACAGCAUCAAAUGAAGCCGUUCGCAAAAGACCGAAGCAGCAACGAGCCGCCCAAGCAUGCGAAAGGUGUCGAUUCAAAAAGUACAAAUGCGACGAGCAAUACCCGUGCUCACGAUGUAGAAAAAGCAAACGAGAAUGUGUCUACGCAGGCGACUACCACCAGAGGGAGAGCAGCAGAUCUGCAAGCUACAUUCGCGAACUAGAGGAUAAAGUCGCUGCGUUGACGUCUCAGCUCCAGAUAAUCCAAUCCCAGCGUGAUCAUCCAUCCGACGGAGUGCCUACUUCUAUGGAAACGGCCUCGGACCCUGAUAUCAAUGCGAUUCUGACACCUCGAUCCAGCGAACGGAGAGCAGCGUACGCGUCGUCUCCAUCUCCCGUGUUCAAUGAUGUAACGUCUGAGAGCCUUGAUGAAGAGAUCAGCGGCGUCAAUGAGCAUACGAACAGCAUCGAGUUCUAUGGGAAUAGUUCUUCUGCUGCUUUCCUUGGCUAUUUGCAGAAUGCAUGUCGACCACAGCUAAAGGAGUACCUGCACCAUGGCAGAGCGGCUGAUUCUCCCUCCUCCCUCAUAUCGACGCUGCACAACCCCGGAUUCUCACUACGGAAGCAGACGCUGCUUCCGAGGCAUCAGAACUUCUACUUCGAGCAGGCUCACGUGUUUAUGGAAGGCUACUUUGAGAAUCUCAAUCUCUUACACCCCCUGAUAGACAAGGAAGAUUUCUCUGCUCGCGUCCACGACCUCUGGUUUGGCCGCGAUCGAACGCCGGAGCCGAGCUUCCUUGCGCUCUAUCUCAGUCUACUCUCACUUGGCGCCCUCACGAGGGUAUGGGAUGAAUCCCAACUGUCUGGGAUGACGCGAUUCGAAUGGAGUCGGAAACUGUUCUCAGAGGCACAAAUGUGUCUGAAGGAGCUCGGCUUUUCUAAUGAUUUAGAAACGGUACAGUGUUUAUAUCUGAUGUCUAAAAUAUGCCAAAACGAGCUAAAUCCAAACCUUGCCUAUAUGUAUUUGGGCCUCGCGAUCCGGACUUGCUUAUCUGCCGGAUUCAAUCGAGAGACCAGAGAUCCUAAAAGCCAGCGUUCACAAUCCAUUUCAAAGAUGUGGUGGGGCCUCUACUCUCUGGAAAUAGAAAUGAGCUUCGCUCUCGGACGUCCAGACACUCUCGGGAUGGACGAAUACCACAACCGCAUCCUACCUGAACGAGACGAUUCUGAAUACGCCAUUGUGACCUGGAUGGUUGACUUUGCCCGGAUAAUCCGCAGGGUCUCUGUCAAAGUCUACCACUCGAAGGCACCUCUGCAGGACAAGCUGCAGCUCUCCUCGAAGAUAGAGCGACAGCUGGAUGCAUGGCUCUCCGGUCUUCCUCAUAAAAUAAGACCGGAUGUGCUCGCGGAGAGGCAAUCUUUUACCUCUCUGAAAGAUCCAAAGUGGGCACGCAGGCAGCGGCUGGUUUUAUGUGUGCGUUAUCACAAUGUGAAGAUGCUUUUAUUUCGACCUUUCCUCGCACACGCCGCUCGGAACCCGGAGCAUACGUCUGCUGAGCUCGAGGCUGCCGUAUCUAAAUGCCUUAGUUCAGCAGAAAAGACAAUUGACAUUAUCCACGACACAUACACGAUGCAUACAUUUUUCCGUUGUUGGUGGUACAACGUGACUUAUGUCAUGUUCGCAACUGCCAUUAUCCUCCUGCGCAUUACUACGAUAGGCUCCUCUACAGAGACGGAUCGUUUGGUAGGACAUGUCCACAAGGCCGUGGAGAUUCUAGCAGCAAUGGAUGAGUCCAUCGUUGCGAGAAGAUCGAUCGAAAUUAUUAACCAUCAUCUCCGAGAGAUCCGUGCCUCGGCAGCCGAUUCUGUUGGCAACACCCAUAUCCAUGACCAAUCAUAUACCACAGUUCCUCAAACCGAUCCUAUCGAGAUGCUAUUACCUGAACUGCGUUACGGACUUGGACUUCCCGACUACACAUUCGAAGCGAUGGCCGGGCUCUUCGACAACUUGAGCGACUUUCCGAUCAUGAACGAACAGGGCAUAUAAGAGACAAGGCAUUGCUUAUACACCGAGUCGCUCCAGGUAGCGGCGGCAAAAUACAACUAUGCCGAAAUUUUCUCUUGCUAGGCACUAAUCGAAUCCUGGGCGGCUAAAGUAAUAUUAUUAAGGUCGAGAGCAGCAACCUCGGGUGUGAUAGCUCGAAUUUCUUGAGCUUUUAUAUCGAACAUCACAAACUUUUCAGUGUCCCCUAUUCUGUAGCCUGCCAUGUAUCGUGAAAAUAGAGUCAUCGAGUCUUCAAGUUCUGUGUGUGUCUUGAAGUUGUACAGUUCAGACUUCUUGAUAGAAAUCCCAUUAUCCGUCACGUGGGCCUUUCCCAUGGAUUAGUUGAACUGAUGAUUCAAGAAUUAGAGAUAACGACGUCCAGAGAAGCAAAGACACACACACACACUCACAGGAGUAAUACAAUGAGCAUCAA